UCUCUUUUAUGUAUCAUUGCCGCGUCCGUGACUUUGAUCAGUAGCUAGUCUAGUGAAGAUGGCCGAAAACAAUGGCAGUGAUUAUUGAGUUAACUUUGCGUUCUCCUGGCACUUGUCAACAAAGAAGUUAUCUUUAAUAAAAAAGCAUAUAACAUAGGUACAAGGAUAUAUUAUGGCAACUGCUAUUCAAAAGAAUGGCAUGAAACCUUUAACAAACACAUCGAUAAAUCACGUAGAGGAUGUAAAGAAUUUAGACAAUACCAACAUAUGUAAAGAAGAAAAAGAUGAGAGGAUAUUUGAUGGACAGAUCCAACCUUACAUGGAGCCUCAUGAACAAGAACCUCGUGAAUUGGAUAUCGUUAUCAAUAAUGUAGUUUGCAGCUUCAGUGUUAGGUGUCAUUUAAAUUUACGAGAAAUUGCACUAAAUGGAUCUAAUGUGGAAUAUAGAAGAGAGAAUGGGAUGAUUACUAUGAAACUAAGGAGACCAUAUACUACUGCUUCUAUAUGGUCUUCUGGCAAAGUAACAUGUACCGGUGCAACUAGUGAAGUUCAAGCAAAGAUAGCAGCUCGCCGCUUUGCUCGUUCACUUCAGAAGCUUGGAUUCAAAGUACGAUUUAACAAUUAUAGAGUGGUUAAUGUACUGGGUACAUGCUGUAUGCCAUUUGCAAUCAAGAUAACAUCAUUUUCAUCAUGUCAUAAAGAAAAUGCAGAUUAUGAGCCAGAAUUACAUCCUGGUGUCACAUACAAGCUGAAGGAACCAAAAGCUACAUUGAAAAUAUUUUCUACUGGAAGUGUCACUGUAACAGCUCCCAAUGUUGCUGCUGUCCAAGCUGCAAUUGAAUAUAUUUAUCCACUAGUCUACGAAUUUCGUAAGGAGAGAACGACAGAAGACGAACUUGCCCUAACAACGAAGAAGCGUAGAAUGGGGCUAAGAAAAAGAAGUCGUGAUGAGUUCCUACAUGAUCCAGAUUAUAUAUAUGAUACCAUGUUCUCUGACGAGGAGGAGGAAGAAGAAGAGGGUGAGAGUGACGCCAGUUGGGACUGAGCUGUUUAUUUCGCUGCUCCUCUGUUAAUUGUGAAACUGUUAUACUUCUUACAUCUUGUUUUACAAGGAAAAGAAAAAAGAAAAAUAGAUACAUACUGCUUUGUGUACAAAAGUGUUAUCUAAAGAGUGAAGUGAAGUAUUCUAUUUCCCUUAGUGAAAAGACAAUGUGUGAGUGCUAGAGACAAAUAUGCACAUGCAAGUGCUUUAAUUAUGAUUACACUAAUAUUGAAUCAACUGAACUGAAUUUCAUCACCGUAAUAAUAUCAUCAUAAUUUACUUUCAUUAAUGGUACAUAUACGUACAUAUAUACAUUCUUAUAUAUAUAUAUUAUACAUAUAUAUAUAUAUAUAACGUGUAUAUAUUGUACGUGUAUAUAUUGUAUGCGUAUAUAUAUAUAUAUAUAUAUAUAUAUAUAUAUAUAUAUAUAUACACACAUAUAUAUAAAUGUUAGACAUAAAAACAAUGUAUGCAUACUCAUUGUGUUUAGCAAACAAUAUCUCAACACUUGUUCAAUCUUUUCUGUUUUCCAUCUUUUCCUUUCAUUUUUGUUCUUCUGAUAGAAUUUACUACAUUUAAGUAAUUAGAAUUCGAAAAAGAACUUGUUUGUAACCGUGCUCCUCUAUAGUUUAAAUAAUGAAUCGAUUCAUGUUUAUUUAGUUCUUCAUUAUAUAAUGACAGAUUAUGUACUGAAUUUUUGUAGCGAUGGAAAGUGUAUACAUUUUUGCUGUUUUAUUGUUCUUUUUUCUACUUAUAUAUAUAUAUAAUCUAUUUCUGCUUAAUUAACACAUUGUGCCAAAGAUGGAUGUCUAAAAUUUGAGAUAAAGUGAUCAAAGGACAUCUAAGAAGCUAAAAAUUUUGUUUAGUAUCACAAUUUACUUUUCUACUACAAUGACAUAUUAUACUACAUUUGAAGGUAUUUCUAUAUAAAUGACAUUUUUGUUAGUAAAUAAUAGAGAGUUGAUCUAAUUUAAUUUGAUUUUAAAAGUCUUUUAAUGGAAACUUAUUUGGUUUCCUGUCAAAUACGUUGAAAAAGCUGCAGUACGGGAAAAAUUUGUUUUAAGCGUUUGUAUGGUUAAACGUUCUUAUUCUAAAUGGCUAUGGGCUGUUAACGCAGUUAACAAUUGCAACAAAGAAAAAAAAAAAAACGCUAUGUGAUUAUCAUCUUUCAUUAAUUGUAUCAAAAUUACACAGGCCUGAUUGCGGUGUUUUAAGAUUGGGCUUCAUUAUUUAUGCUUACAUCAAUAUACAGAUUAGUCCCAAGCCUAACCAAGUUUAAAAUAACUUGUCAAUCCCCCCUUUUUUGGUUGUUAUGGAACGUACUUGAAAAGUGAAACAAAACAUCGUAGCAUCAGUGACGUGUCUCAUUUUACCUUUUGAGAAUCGCAACAAAAAUUUAAAGAAUAGAAUAGAUUACGAUAACAUAUUACUUAUCAUUUCUAAUAUCUAUUACCAACAUGUAAGAUCUUGUUCAUUUAUUUAUUUAUCACUUGCAGUAUCCUCAUGACGAUAAGCGUAUUUGAAUUAUGUCGUUAUCAUUUAAUUUUAAUUAGUUAUUGUCAUAUAUCAUAGUUCGAGGAAUGAUAAAUGUUAUGUUUUACAAAAUAUUCAACAAUUCGAGUCUAAUACAUCUUAAAUACGAGAAGCUUGACUGACAUAAGGCUAUUUUCAAAUUCUGUUUGGUAAUAAAAGCUGGGAAUAGAUAACAUACAAAAUUUGUUAUAAUUGUAUGAUGUACUUUAACGGAAACAAAAACAUUCUCUAACGACAUUACUAUCAUUUAACAGUAGGCGCAUGGACUUUAAAUAAGACAUAGUGUAAAUAAAUCAAGUUAUCCAGAUAUACUAAUAUGCAAUUAGUUGUAUACUUUCUGAAUAUUAUAAAACAACAUGCAUACCUUACACCUGUUACUAAUUAUAUACAUUCUCAAUGAUCCCUUUUCGUAUCAUAAGUACGUGUGAACGAAGAAAAACAUUGGCAAUACAAUUUCAAUACUAUAAUGAAUAUUGAUCUGUACCUUGUGCCAUACAUAAUGCUAUUUGUACACUAAGCUUAAUUGAAUUCUCAUAAUCUCCAAUGAUUUAAUAUUAACUAUAUGCGAAACAAGUUCUUUUACAAAGAUGCUAUAGUCACUGCCCGUAGUAUAUCCAAAAUACAAAAAUUAAGAGCUCGAAUUUAAUUAAAAUAUAUAUGACAUUAGGCACUUACUGGAGCACCUUAAUUUUACAUUGAUUACCAUAUGUAUUAAAUAUUAUCAUACGGAUGAAGAAUUUUUAUUUUAAGAAUGGCAAUAAUGUCAGAACCGCUGUGUAAUUUAUAACUUUGUUGAAGCCAAUGCAUAUAUACUAUUCAUGUCUUUCUUUCUUUCAUAGUUAGAAAAUAUACAAUAUGUGGAAACAUUA